AUGGAGGCUAAUAAGAUUUAUUCAACAAGAGCGGAAAUCAUCAAAAUAGAACACCCUGUCCGGGGGGAUGAUACACGCGCCUGGGGCCCUCCCUUCGCAGCCUAUACUGAUGGCCGCAGUGGCAACGGUGAGAGCGCAUACUACCUUUCUGUAAACCGGAACAAAAAAUCCAUUGGCCUCUCUUUCGCCCACCCCGAAGGGGUAGAAAUUCUCCAUCAACUUGCUCGCAGCUGUGACGUCCUAGUCGAAAACUACCUCCCGGGGUCCUUAAAGAAAUAUGACCUCGAUUAUGACUCGAUUCACAAAAUUAACCCUCGCCUCAUAUAUACUAGUAUCACGGGAUAUGGACAGACGGGUCCGUAUAGCAAUCGUCCCGGCUUUGACGUGAUGGUUGAGGCUGAGUUCGGAUUGAUGCACCUGACGGGCACACGCGAUGGCCCGCCAGUCAAGGUUGGAGUGGCAGUAACAGACUUGACGACUGGGCUUUAUGCUUGCAACUCGAUCAUGGCGGCGUUAUUAGCCCGGGCAAAUACUGGCGAGGGACAACAUCUGGACGUCUGCUUGAGUGAUUGUCAGGUUGCGACACUUGCAAAUAUGGGAGAAUCGGUUCUUAUAAGUGGAAAAAAAGAUUCUGGGAGAUGGGGAACUGCUCAUCCGUCCGUGGUUCCCUACCAAGGAUUCAAAACUGCCGACGGCGAUAUCUUUGUUGGCGGUGCAAAUGAUCGCCUUUUUGGCAUUCUGUGUGAAAAGCUGGGUCGGCCGGAAUGGAAGCUUGACUCUCGAUUUACCACAAACAAUGACCGUGUGAGGAAUCGUGCGGAGUUGGAGCCUCUGAUUGAAGCGGAGCUCGUCAAGCGUACGACAAGUCGGUGGCAGGAAAUUUUCGAAGGCAGCGGGUUGCCCUACGCGGCAGUGAAUGACAUCCAAGGAACAAUGAAUCAUGAACACGUACGUGCGCGUGGUAUGGUUCAGUCAAUUGAUCACCCAGCUUGCGGGUCGAUUAAGGUCAUCAGUCCACCAGUUAAAUACUCCAAUGCAGAACCCAGCAUUCGAACUCCACCUCCACUGUUGGGUCAGCAUACGGAUGAGCUGCUUCAGAACGCUGGGUUGAACCCAGAAAAGAUUGAAGAGCUGCGAGCUAAGGGGGUAAUUGCAUAA